CAAUGCAGAUGGGGCGUGGUCACCAGUGCACUUCCGGUCGCGGCGGACAUUUUUUUGUCGUUGAGACUGACAGAAAACAGAAACCCUGCUCGAGCUGCCGUGACGAUAAUAACGCUUAUUUUGUUGUUGCCUCCAACGAAUAUUGAAGCAGCAGUUAUGUUCUACACAUGUGGACCCAAUGAAGCUAUGGUGGUUUCAGGCUUCGGCCGUUCUCCUCCACUAAUGAUCGCUGGAGGACGAGUGUUUGUCCUCCCUUGUAUUCAGAAGCUCCAAAGAAUCACUCUGAACACUCUGACUCUAAAUGUGAAGAGUGACAAAGUCUACACCCGCCAUGGUGUCCCCAUCUCUGUCACUGGCAUUGCUCAGGUGAAGAUCCAGGGCCAGAACAAGGAGAUGCUGGCCACUGCCUGCCAGAUGUUCAUGGGAAAGUCAGAGCAUGAGAUUGCCAACAUUGCCCUGGAGACCCUGGAGGGCCACCAGAGGGCCAUCAUCGCCCACCUGACUGUGGAGGAGAUCUACCAGGACCGCAAAAAAUUUUCUGAGCAGGUCUUCAAGGUGGCCUCCUCUGACUUGGUCAACAUGGGGAUCGGAGUAGUCAGCUACACCCUCAAAGAUGUCCAUGAUGACCAGGACUACCUCCACUCACUAGGUAAGGCCAGGACUGCCCAGGUGCAGAAGGAUGCCAGGAUUGGAGAGGCUCAGUACAAGCGGGAUGCAGUCAUCAGGGAGGCCCAAGCCAUGCAAGAGAAAGUGUCCGCUCAGUACAAGAACGAGAUUGAGAUGGCCAAAUCCCAGAGGGACUAUGAGCUGAAAAAGUCGGCCUAUGACGUGGAGGUCAACACCAAGAAGGCAGAGUCAGAAAUGGCCUAUCAGCUUCAGGUGGCCAAGACCAAACAGCUCAUCGAGGAAGAGAAAAUGCAAGUUCAGGUUGUGGAGCGAAGCCAGCAGAUCAUGCUGCAGGAGCAGGAGAUCGUCCGCAAGGAGAAGGAGCUGGAGGCCAAAGUCAAGAAGCCCGCCGAGGCUGAGAAGUAUCGUCUGGAGAGGCUGGCUGAGGCUCAGCGCUCGCAGCUCAUCCUGGAGGCCGAAGCGGAGGCGGAGUCCAUCAGAAUGAAGGGCGAGGCCGAGGCGUUCGCCCUGGAGGCAAAGGGCCGUGCUGAGGCAGAGCAGAUGGCCAAGAAGGCGGAGGCCUUCAAGCAGUACGGCGACGGCGCCAUGGUGGACAUGUUGCUGGAGAAACUACCGCUGAUGGCAGAGGAGAUCAGCAGGCCGCUGUCAUUAGCCCAGAAGGUCACCAUGGUGUCCAGCGGCGGCUCGGACGUGGGCGCGGCCAAGUUGGCAGGCGAGGUCUUGGAAAUCAUGACCAAGGUGCCAUCAGCUGUGGAGAAACUGACUGGAAUAGACAUUUCCCAGGUUACAGGACAGUCCCUGCGCGUACACUAAGAGGACGUGGAGCAUCAGGCCUCCUCUCGCCGUGCCUCAAUUAUCUCUGACGUCAUCAACGUGCAUGCAGAUGUGUCUCUUCCUCCUCCUUUUCAUAUCUCGUAAGUGCUGGCGUUUGAACCGCGUGGCUCUUUUUGUCCCCCGAAGAUCCGUUUAGCUUGAGAUGGUUUAGUGUUUGCAUUCUUUGUGGCAUCAAAAGUGUUUGUUGCUAGAUGUCAAAUGUACUUUUUUAGAUCACUGUUAACUUAUGCACUACACAUGAACUGAGCGCCAAACAUGUUACUACCACCACCAUGACAAGAAAACAAGUGGUAAUAUUCUGAGAAUAUUGUCACGAUUUGACGUAGGACAAAGGUUGUGAUACUGCAAGAAUAAAAUGGGAUUAUUACAAGAGGGGAAAAAAACGGGCUGAUAAUUCAAGACAAACUUGUGGGGGAUGUUUUGCAAGAAUGAAAUUAGAAUACCGUAUUUCCUUGAAUUGCCGCCGGGCAUAUAGUAUACGCCUGCCUUGAAGUACUGCCGGGUCAAACUCGCUUCACAAAAUAAUUAGCGCAUGCUUAGUAUUACGAGUGACACUUCCCCUGUCAUCAUUUUCAAAAUGGAGGAGGCUGAUUUCAAUACCGGUGAUUUGAAAUCACAUAAAGGGAAGAAGAUUAAGAGCUAUUCAGUAGGAUUUAAGGUCCAAGCUUACAUCACACUCAAAUUUUUACUGCAUACCUUUGGUAAACGCCGGAGUGAGAAGAGGUUUUAAAUUAAUUAGCGCCCCGGCGGCAAUUCAAGGAAAUACGGUAUUACAAAAUUAUACUCGUAUAUAUUCCACCAAAAACAGUAUUAUGGUAAUCUUUUAUUGUUGCAAAAAUAAAGUUACAAUAUUACUGAUAUAAGUGACAAUUUUGUAAGUAAAAUCCUCAGAAUAAUCCCAUUAUAUAAUAAUGGUCCAAAAAUAUUUAGUGUCUAAAAUCUACUAUCAUGCCCGCAUAUCAAAUAAGUAUACAUUUGUUAUAAUAUUGUAGGAUUUAUGGGGCGGCAUAGCUCGGUUGCUAGAGUGGCCGUGCCAGCAACCUUAGGGUUCCAGGUUCAAUUCCCGCUUCCGCCAUCCUAGUCACUGCCGUUGUGUCCUUGGGCAAGACACUUUACCCACCUGCUCCCAGUGCCACCCACACUGCUUUAAAUGUCACUUAGAUAUUGGGUUUCACUAUGUAAAAGCGCUUUGAGUCACUAAAAAAACGCGCUAUAUAAAUAUAAUUUCACUUCACAUGAGGCAAUUGUGUGAUGGGAAAUAAGUGAAGCAUAUUUAAAGGAACAGCUGCCUUGCUUUGCCCCCUGCAUUGUUAUUAAGUACGUAAUCAAAAUAAUCCUGUAAUGUUUUUUCUUGUAAAAAUGACCUUAUUUCAGAAUUGCAUUACAUUUUUCUCCUCAUCGUGGCUGUAAUAAUUCUGAUUUGGGAUUUUGUCUGGCGUCUCAGAUUGAUAAAGGAAGUGGUUGUUAAGAGCAGGCUAUAACAGGAAGUGGUUGUUAAGAGCAGGCUGGAGAGAGGCUGCUUGUGUUUUAGGCAGGAGAGUGGGAGGUCCUGGCAGCAAAGGUGGUCAACAUUGUUACAGUACACUUUGAAGGCUCGCGUACCUUUGACUAAUUCUUCAUGUUUGUAAGGAUGCCGACUAACACUUAGAAGUCCUGUGAAAGUUAGUCUCGUAAAGCUGCACGUCAUUUUUUAACAAGUUUUCUAACGCUUUACUAACCAUCCAAAGCUGCAAUGCAUCUCAUCACCGUGAAGUGCCUGGGUCAAGCGAGAUGAACUCCAAAAAAACCACAAUGUCAGACCUCUUGUGUUCAGCUUGUCAGGGAAUAAAUAUAUCACAUUAUAUCCAACUGGUAUAAGCCAUAAUGCUGCCAUGUUCAAUGGAAUUUACUUAUCCUGUUUGUCACGUUGUUGCAUGUGUAGUCUCAAAUCCGCAUUUAUCUGUAUUAAUAAAAAGUGUGCUCCGA